UGUCCCCAGAUGUCUGAGUCCCUGAUUGGUAGCUGGGAAGUCCGGCCGCGGAGUUGGCGCUAAAUUCUCCGGCGUUGAAGUCUCCAGAUCUCAAGGUGCAUUGUAACACACAACUGCAGUGGAAUUGUCGUAAAUUGAAACACAACGAGUGGAAUACUAGAUAAGUGAACUGUGGAACACAUAGAUAGAGGACUAAUUGGAGGAGGAAUAAAAAGGGGAAAAGUGAAGUAGUUAUUAGAACAAUUAUUUAGUUUGAGUGGAAUAGCGGAAAAGUGGAAGAGUGGAAGAGUGGAAGAGUGGUGGAGUGGAAGAGUGGAAAAACAUGAUUGCCCCGAGAAGUAUUCAUAGGGACCCAGCUAUGGAGCCCCAGGACCCCUCCUUGAACCGACAGGAGGGGGAAUACAUAGAGCUGGACUAUAGGGACCUCGAGGCAUUCAUCCUAGGAGAACUAAAUCCUAGAGAUCAUUAUUCGAAAGAUAUCAAUCUUAGGGAUCUAAACCCUACCAAGGAGUUUGCUAGAGAGUUUUUACCUCUACCAAGAGAUACAGUCUUCCAUAGGGAUUCAGAGUUUCAACCAGAGUUAUUUCGGGAUUCUGGACCCGGUGGACGGGGGGAUGGGAAGGAUUACUCUCAAGAUAUUUUAGUGAAGGAUUAUGUGAAAGAUAUGGAGCCACUGUUAAGGCAUAUAUCAGCUGAGCCUCUAGUUAAAAAUUACCUCUUAGACUCCUCGGUGAAAAAUUAUUCGCCUGAACCGUCAGUUAAAGAUUAUAGUCUGAAAGAUGUUGGAAAUCAUAUUAAAACCUACACAUUGGAUGAGAUAGAUGGGUUAAAUAUGAACCGCAGUAUUCUACAGUCUGCAGGGUACUCGGAGAAGGAUUAUACAGUUCGAGAGAUAACAGUUCAACCCUUGACGGUCAGCGUGAUAAAAGAUACCAGAGAGGAGAGGGAUAGAAUCAGUUGUAGACCAGAGGAGACGUAA